AGUACGUCUGAUUAUCUCCAACAUUCUGAAAUAUAACAAUGUUUUCGUCUAUACAAAUAAAUUUUGUUUUUAUCUUUGGACGUCCGGAAAAUCAGUAUCUCUCCGCUAAGGUACUCUAUUGCGGCCUGCCUUGUACCUGACAUUGGCCUGGCCGCACGCAGCAGCAGCAACGUUUCGAAACACACGCACCAAAAUCCACCCGCCGCCCUAACAAACAGACUACACCAACCAGCCAGCAGUAGCACCAGCAAGUUUUCUUUCCUGCUCCACACCAAAUGCAGCCGCUGCCGCAGGCCAAUGACUCCAUCCAAGCCUAAGCACCGCAAAAAAAGCCUGACUGUCCCGCACUGGGUUUUUGUUGCCCCUCGUUUCUUUGACUCCAUCUGCGGAUGACGACAGUUUGUUUCUAUUCAAGGUCACUCCGGCCAUCACGACUGCUCAUUCGCUCUGCUCUCAGCAUCCCCUCCGUCACACUCUCACGACCCCCCUUCCUAAACAACAAAGCCUCCUACGUUACCACUGCCGCGCCGGCACCGGACACUUGGACAGACACAGACGAAAUGGGCGGAAAACCCAAGUUUGAGCUCAAGACCCCCAAGGGCACCAAGGAUUGGAACGGCAAGGACAUGAUCAUCCGCGACAAGAUCUUCAGCACCAUCACCGACGUCUUCAAGCGCCACGGCGGCGUCACGAUCGAUACCCCCGUCUUCGAGCUGCGCGAGAUCUUGGCCGGCAAGUAUGGCGAGGACAGCAAGCUCAUCUACGACCUGGCCGACCAGGGCGGCGAGAUCUGCUCCCUCCGCUACGACUUGACGGUGCCUUUUGCCCGCUUUCUCGCCAUGAACAAGGACAUUACAAACAUCAAGAGAUACCACAUUGCCAAGGUCUACCGCAGAGAUCAGCCCGCCAUGACCAAGGGCCGCAUGAGAGAGUUUUACCAGUGCGAUUUCGACAUUGCUGGUACCUAUGACCCCAUGGUCCCCGAUGCUGAGGUCCUCCGCAUCAUCUGUGAGGUAUUCGAGGGACUCGGCUGGAACGGCGCAUACACUAUCAAGAUGAACCACCGCAAGAUCCUUGACGGCAUCUUCCAGGUCUGCGGCGUCCCCGAGGACAAGAUCCGCCCCAUCUCAUCGGCCGUCGACAAGCUCGACAAGCUGCCUUGGGCCGAUGUGCGCAAGGAGAUGACUGAAGAGAAGGGUCUUGAUGGCGAAGUCGCUGACCGCAUUGGCGAGUGGGUUGUGCUUAAGGGCAAGCACGAGCUGCUGGAGAAGCUGCGCAACGACCCCGCUCUCUCUGCCAAUGCUUCCAUGCAGCAGGGUAUUGCUGAUAUCGGUCUUCUGUUCGACUACCUCGAGGCCUUUGGUGCUCUUGACCGAGUUUCCUUUGACCUUGGUCUGGCUCGUGGCCUCGACUACUACACUGGCCUCAUCUACGAGGUUGUGACUGAGGGCUCUGCUCCCGAGUCUAAGGCUGGAGCUGCUGGAGCUGCUGCCCCUGCCCCCAGCAAGAAGAAGAGCAAGGGUGAGGACGACGAUCGUUCCAACGACCCUACUGUUGGUGUUGGCAGUGUGGCCGCCGGUGGUCGCUACGAUAACCUUGUCGGCAUGUUCUCUGGCAAGAGCCAGAUUCCCUGCGUUGGUAUCUCGUUUGGCGUGGACCGCAUUGUAUCCAUCACUAAGGCCCGUAUGGCCGCCGACAAGAACGCUGCUACUAUCCGUAACAACGAGGUCGAUGUCUACGUCAUGGCCUUUGGCAGCAACGGCUUCCUCAAGGAGCGCAUGAAUGUCUGCGCCAAACUGUGGGAGGGCGGUAUCAAGGCCGAGUUCCUGUACAAGGUGAAGCCCAAGGUUCCUCAACAGUUCAAGGCUGCCGAGGCCAACGGUGUACCAUUUGCCAUCUUCUUGGGCGACGAUGAAGUUGCGCAGGGCAACGUCAAGAUCAAGGAGAUGGGUCUGCCCGAGGGCCACCCCGAGAAGGAAGGAAUCCUUGUGUCGCUGGACAGCAUGGUUGCUGAGGUCAAGACCCGUCUGCAGCGCAAGAAGGACGUGGAGGCGAUCGCCCAGCAGGCCGAGGGUCUACAGGUCGUUGACGGCAUCAAGGGCGAGGCCGAGCUGGCACAAUAGAGGCAAAAAAUCGUAAAAAGGAUAAUUCAAAAAUAGAAAGGAACCAUUCUACACCG